GUGUCUGCGUACAAUUUCACAUCGUUUGCGGAGUUAUUGGGAUACACACAGCAAUUUUCCAUUCACAGAAAAUUGUCUUCACGACUUUCAACUUGAUCCAAAGCAAGAAGGGCGGUUUUUACUGGAAAGGAAUCUACUGUAGCGAGAAAAAACGGAGACCGUGCGUAGUUGCUGUGUACUGUAGCCGCCACUCAGACAGACUGCUCUGAUCGCUUCGAGUGAGAGAAGUGGUGCGGUUGCGUUCCGAGCCUUUACAGAAAUGGACCACUGCGAAAUGGAAUCUAGCACCAUGGACCAUGUUCAGUUGCCUGUUUCUAACCCGAAUGGAAAGGCAGCCCUGUCGUGUAAAGCACAGCCCAGUAAUCGCAUUGAUUUUCCCAGUGUUCAAUGUCGAAUAUGCGGCGACAAAUCGUCUGGAGUACACUAUGGAAUUAUAUCAUGCGAAGGCUGCAAGGGAUUUUUCCGUCGUUGUCUUCGGCGACAAAAAGAAUAUGUCUGUAUCCGAGGUGGUAAAUGCGAAGUUGAUAGGACGAAAAGGAAUCGAUGUCCAUCAUGUCGGUACAAAAAAUGUAUUGAAUUAGGAAUGUCCAAAGAAGCCGUGCGUAUCGGACGAAUUCCAAAUAAACAAAAAGAGACGGACUAUGCAGAUUUCCCAUUGGUCAGCAUUUCGGAAGCCUCCAUCAAGGAAUCAGCUGCAGACUCAAGCGAGCAUCCAAUUGAUUCACCUCCAAGCCCAGUUGUUGAUCCUGAAAUUGAAGUAAUAAUUGCAGAUGUUGCAAAAGCUCACAGAGACACAGCAAAAGCAUACUGUCGGAAUGGAGAAUGGGAAUCGUUAAAAUACAAGAAACAUUAUCUGACAGAUUCCAUACCAGACACCACAGUGCAGAGUCCAAGAGUAGGCAAGUUUGAAAAGCCAGAGAUGUUUGCAUCACCACAUCAGCCGCCGAGUAUGAACGAAGAAGAUAAGGUGAAAUUGUGGAGUCUUGUAGGAGAUAAUUUAUCACAGUAUAUCAAAAGGCUUAUAACUUUCUGUAAGAAAGUGCCAGGUUUCAUUCACCUAGAUCAUCAAGACCAGUUAGUGUUAGUUAAAGCUGGUUUAUUUGAAAUCCUUACAAUACAAGAUUGUGUUGAACUAGUGCUAUACAAUGCGUUCACACUGAAUACUGGUCACAAGAUACCACGCAAUAUGAUGCUGUCAAUUAUGCCAGAAGAGCUGGUGGAAGGCUUGUUUAAGUUUGCCCGGGAGCUUCAUUCUUUUGAUCUCACCACCAGUGAAGCUGCUUUACUAUCUGCAAUAGUAUUGUGUAGUGAUGAUCGGCCUGGACUUGAAGAUCCACGCUCAGUGUCGAUGAUUCAAAGCAAACUUCUCACAGCGCUGAAGGUGGAAACGUUACGUAACCACUCAAGCUCAUCACAUACUUUUGCCAAACUACUUCUACGCCUUCCAGAACUCCGCUCGCUAAAUGAACUUCACAAUCAACACGUUGUCAAGAUGAAAAUAGGGAGUCCAGAUCUGCCAAUGCCACCGUUAUACGUGGAAGUCUAUGAUUUGCCAACCGAGGAACCUACCGGUAGUCCAACCGAUUUACGAAUUAAGAAAGAAUACCCUUCAUAAGUGUAGCUGAACAAACAUCUGGUGAAUAAAAGAUUCAUGCAACAUACUUUAUGGAUGGAAUAACACUCUGUUACAUUUGAAAUGACAACUAUAGCAUUGAGUCGCUGAUGUCUCUUUCUUUAUUCAUGUUACAACCGCCUUCUGAGUUUAACCCAUAAAUCAAUGUGUGAUGUUCGCAUCUCCACAAAGCCUGCUGUCAUUAUGCAAAUAUAUCAGCGAAGCUGUAUAUUCAUAGAUUGUACAUAUAUUGUCUUGCAGUCUAUAGAUUAGACGAUAAAAACAUGUGCCCCUCCCCAAUUACAGCUGUACAGUGAUUAUGCCUAUUUUGUAGUAUAUUUCCU